UUUGUUAACAUUUCAAUACUCUUAAUAUAAUAAUUUAUGUUUUUGCAGGCAGCAGAAUGGUGGCUGACUACCGCUGCCAGACUGGUGAACGUUGAAUGCGGGAUGAGUGCACCUGCAUCAUCCGCUACGGCGUUCACCAUAAAGCGGCUGGUAAUCGAGUACGGUAAACGUAGUGACGCUGAGUUGGGUAGCCUGUCAAUAUCCGGGGCAGUUAGCUACACGACCGUACUCAAUGCAUUUGUGCAUCCUAAUGUGUACAGGCUGGCCAUCCUGUACAAAUUAGUCUUUCGGCGGUCCGACAUGGCGGACGUAGUCGAAAGCUUGGAGUGUCUCAUCAACCGGUGUGUGGAGGUCAUACCAGUUGUUCUGCUGAUGGCACACUCCCAUCGCCAGUUAAGCGACUGGAUGUUUGUGUCAGAGAUGGACCUUCGCUCUCGUAGAGUGACCGAAACUCGGGCCGAACUGCAAGACGCUGGUGCACGUCAGUCACUAGUCCGGUUUGAUAGAUUGGUGACUGACCGAGCAGGCGUAUUAUGCAAAAAGGAAAGAGUACUAUGCAGCUAACCCACCUCCUGGACCGCUGUAUAGGUUUGAUGCCAGGCUUCAUUAUCCGUUCCGCGGGGCCUCUGAGCCAUCGAUUCCCGAUAUUGUGUACCGGACCGUGCCUGUUGGGACACCAACCCGCAGGCAGUUGUUCCAUUCAAUUGUAACCGAGGCUGGCACACCUCCGGCGGAAUUGGCCAAGGAUGUAGGGGCUGGGGUUCCGAAGAAACCCCUUGUGAGGGACCUCUAUGUCAAUUGUGCUUCGGGUUUACCUAUU